AUGGAUGGAAAUUCGUCCGUCCUGGACGAUCCAGCGGCAUAUCCAACAUGUGCGAUGGGAAUGAUUCUUCCUCUCGUCGACGAAUCAAAUAUGAGCAUGAGUAUAAGAAUACUCAUGUAUCUCGUAGGACUCUUUUGGUUUUUUGUUGGCGUCGCUAUUGUAGCAGAUAUUUUUAUGGUCAGUAUUGAAGUUAUAACAUCGAAAGAAACGCAUAUAACUGUCCUUGUUGAUGGUCAGCCGGAAAAGCACAAAGUCCGGUUCUGGAACGCAACAGUGGCAAAUCUAACCCUGAUGGCAAUGGGUUCUUCUAUGCCCGAAAUCUUCCUCAAUAUCAUCGAAAUCGUCUUUAAUAAAUUCGAAACUGGUGCGCUCGGUCCAGGAACCAUUGUUGGAUCCGCUGCCUUCAAUCUUAUGGUCAUCAUUGGAGUCUGUACCUUUGGAAUCCCAGAUGGAGAGAAGCGAAGAAUCGACAGAUUCUACGUUUAUGGCAUUACAGCAUUCUUCUCAAUCUUUGCCUAUGUCUGGCUUUUGAUUAUUCUUCGAUUCAUCUCUCCUGGCGUUGUUGAUCUUUGGGAAGCCUUAGUGACUCUGCUCAUGUUUCCCCUUCUCGUCGGUGUUGCUUACUUGGCUGACAGAAACAUGCUUUGUGGACAAACCAGAUCUGACGAUGACGAUGAAGGACAGAAGCAAAUCAUGGAAUACAAUCCAGACACUCCCGAGGGUAUCGAACUUCUCGGAAAGAACCGACCCAAUUCAAUCGCACUUGUGGACGAAUUCAUGAAAGAUUUCGAAGGCGAUCCACUCACGAUCGACGAACAAGCUGCUGCUAUCGCUGUUGCUUCGAAGAUGCAAGGUAGCCCAUCGCAAGGCCGAUCACGAGCUUGGUACCGGGUUCAAGCCACACGAACACUCACCGCCGGCGCAAGAAUUGAACCAAACAAAGCCCUCUCCAGAAUGGCUCGUUCAUUCUCCAACUUACCGACUAAGAACAACACUUCCGAAUUCGCCAUGUUCAACUUUGCCUGCACUUCUUCUUCGGUCAUGGAGAACGCCAAACAGAUCGAGCUCAAAGUCAUGAGAAGCGGGAAUGUUGAAAUUCCAGCUAAGUGCAACUAUGAAACGAUCGACGGCACAGCGACGAAGGGAGAAGACUACGUUGAAAAUAAGGGAGUUCUUGAAUUCGGCCCAAGAGAGACGCAAAAAUCUAUAACUGUGGAAAUUAUUGAUGACGACCAAUGGGAGCCUGAUGAGACCUUCUUUGUCAAACUUUUCCUGGGCAACGCAGCAGAUCCACGAGUCAAGCUUGGUGACAGAUCCAUUAACCAAGUCACAAUCAUCAAUGAUGAUGAUCCUGGAACCUUCCAAUUCAAAGAACCAGCAUUCAUGUGUAAAGAAUCCCAAGGUGUCCUCAAGCUUCCAGUGUGCCGAACUAAUGGUGCUGAUGGUACUGUAUCUGUUGAAUGGCAAUGUAAAGGCAUCACCGCAACACAUGGAAGCGACUUCAAGGAAGACCGCGGUACACUCGUUUUUAACCAUGGAGAGACUCAGAACGACAUCGAGAUCACCAUCAUCCAAACGCCAGACAAAGAGCCCGACGAGACCUUCAAAGUAUCCAUCGUCAAUGUUUCCAAGGGCGCUCAAAUGGGUCACACGAGAGAAACGGUUGUCACAAUUAUCGGUGAUGAAGAAUAUAAAAACUUGGUGAAGAGAGUUGCUGCUCAAACUCACGUUGCACUGUCGAAGAUGGAAAUUGGCGGCGAAUCCUGGUACGAGCAGUUCGUUCAAGCAAUGAAUGUCAAUGGGGGCGAUAUCGAAAACGCCACAGGCUUUGAUUACUUCAUGCAUCUCAUUACCUUCGGCUUCAAGACGAUCUUUGCCAUCAUUCCUCCUGCAAACAUGGGCGGCGGUUUUCCUUGCUUCUUUGGCAGUCUUAUUAUGAUUGGUUUAAUGACAACGAUUAUUUCGGAUUUCGCGAAUAUUUUCGGUUGUCUUGUUGGCCUUAAACCCGCCGUUAAUUCUAUCACCCUGGUUGCCCUCGGCACGUCCCUUCCAGAUCUUUUUGCUUCCAAAAUCGCUGCUACCAACGAGCCCAACGCCGAUGAUUCCGUUGGAAACGUGACUGGCUCGAAUUCUGUCAAUGUAUUCCUUGGUCUUGGUUUGCCCUGGACGAUGGCCGCUAUUUACCAUGCAAGCCAAGGAUCUGUCUUCCAAGUUCCCGCUGGUAGUUUGGCCUUUUCCGUCACAGUUUUCUCGAUCUGUGCCGUCACAACCAUUGGAUUCCUUUUCGCAAGGCGGACACUGUCUUAUUUCGGCAAUGCCGAGUUAGGAGGCCCCAAUAAACAGAAAUGGGCAUCCGGCAUCUUCCUGAUCACGCUGUGGCUAUUCUACGUUCUGAUGUCCACUCUCCAAGCCUACGAUUUCAUUCCUGGGUUCUAG